UGUACCCCGUGGGCACCAUUCUACGACCGACAGUCACCUACUAUUCAUCGACGAACAUUUUUGGUCGAAACUAAAAGUCAUAACGUGAAUUGAAAAAUUCGUACAAUUUUCAAAAUAGUACUUUUUAGAAAAACCAUAUUAUAUUUUCUUAUCGAACAUUUUUUUGAAUUGUUGAGGGACAACGUAAAUUAAAUGGUUUGUUUAUCCUUAACUGGAGUGGAAUCAAAGUUAUAAAUGGACAUUCACGUGGUGUUAAGCCCAAGUUGCGGUCCAAGAUGAUACGAAAGAUAAAAUAGAAAUUGAUUUAAUAGUGUUGUUCGUUGUCCUCUUCAAUCAAUCAAUUAAUGGGAAAGAUGCACAGUUAUGUGAAAUUGGAAAAUUGUCCCUGAUGAUGUGACUGUGAUUAGUUAACUCGAGAAACUGACUAAUAUUGAUUUAUUGAAAAUUAAAAAUCAAUUAACUUGGCUUGGAGUGCAAAAUACGAGAUUCGUCGACAAACAAAAUGGAAUCUCCUAAGAGAAUUUGUUUGUUUCUAACAUUGUGCCUUGUGUUUACUAAGUGCCUUGGUAAUUUACUCGGUGUUGAGAUGGAUGAUGCUGGUGAAGAGUUUCUGCAUGAGUACCUGUCACUGGAUGAAAGCAGGUAUCUGGCAAAACUACAGGAGUUUCAGGAUUCCGCUAUUGAGAUUGAUUUGAUCAAUACUAAAAAACAUCAUAAACGACCGGAACAGGAGCCCCGCAUUGUUUAUCAAAUUGGGAAGAGUGAAGAAGAGCUGCCAGAGUGCUUGGAUAGGAGUGAGGUAUGCAGCAAAGUUGAUUUAUAUGGGGAUCCGUGGGUGGAGAGGCAGUGCAGAUGUCCUGGUGGACGCACAUGUCCGAGCACUAUACAUGCUGACGAUGGACACACGAUUGUUGAUAAGACCAGGCAGUAUAAGCUCUGUGAACCUGUUAAGAGACUACCUAUUUGUCGUUAUUUCAAAGAUAUCACAUGGACAUUAGCCCCAGGAGUUGGUCCCAAUAAUUCAACAGUUCAGCAAGUUCACUGUAGGUGUCGUCCAGGAAGUGUUCCUUAUCUCGUAAGGAGAUCAACCCACAAACUACCCCAAGGCAAUGCCACCUUCAUCUACGCCUUUGCCUGCUCACCACAGAGUCGCUUGAGGUGUCAACAUAAAGAACCCUGUCGUCUCUUCACAGUGCGCAAGCGACGAAGCUCCCAACUGGAAGAAGUUAACGCGUCACCUCUCUGCCAAUGUCCAAAGGGCAAUAGAUGUCCCAGGAGACACACAGACCCAGGCUCUCUUCCAGCAAGAUCAUACCGUGGCGCCCUUGAAAUCAAAACCUACAGUGGUUACUGCGUCCCAAUUCAUCACACCGAGCCAGUCUACACCGUUUGAUCAUCUCUUACUCUAAAGGAUUAACAAUCCCAAUGAUUAUGACCAAUCUCAAACAAUUACAGUAGACUCUCGUUAUAGUCGCACUCACG